GCUUCUUGCAGCGCUGAGAAAAAGAAGACUCGGGCGGUUUUAUUAUGGUCCACUAACCAAACAAGCGUCAGGAAGAUUCUUUGGUUGGUUUCAGACGCUGUUAGGUGGACUGUAAGUAGCUAACAAACAGAACAACCAUGAACGAGCAUUUCGACCGAGCUCCGGGUGCAGGCAGAGCCCGCAGUCAAUAUGCAGCUGCCCCAGGCCUCUUUGCUGCUGGGGACGAAGACUCCACAUCAUCGAUUUUAAACCAGAGGCAACCGUUGAGACAGCCGCGAACAUCCCCGCCAUCCGCGGAUAUCAGCGCUAAGGACACAGACAGCGGCGGAGGUUGUGAAAGGCUGAGCAAGCCCCAGCAAAGGGAAAAUGCCACCAGUACUUAUACUGAAGCAUGUAACGAUGUGGAUUCUUUGGUUAAGUCAUCAAAACUUUCAGCCAGUGCUCCAGUGUUUGUCCCCUAUGCUGCUUUUAGUCACAAUGAAGACCCUGCUUUGUAUCUUGAAAAUGAAAAUGAAAGCCAUUACAGCGAACCAACCUUGGCUGAUGCGGUCUCAGACUUCCUUGACCAGCUUGGCACCUCCCCAGGGACCUUUGACUCAGAUGUUGAACAUAUAACUGAUGUGCUAAAUUCUUGGGUUACCACUGAAGAGUUGUUGCAGGAACUGGUAGAGCUGAUUUACAUGCAGUCAACUACUAUUCCAAACUUUGCCUACACCGGAGCCAGGCUUUGUAACUACCUGUCCCAUCAUCCUAUCAGUCCACCAGGUGGAAACUUUCGUCAGCUUCUCCUCCAAAGGUGUCGAACAGAGUAUGAGCAGAAGGAUGUAGCUGUUCUAGGAGAUGAGGAAACUCAGAAAAGAUUUCACUCCUUCGUGCUCUUUCUUGGAGAGCUUUAUCUUCACCUAGAGGUAAAAAGUGGAAAAGGACCUCCACGUGCAGACAUCCUCCUCUGUGCUUUGAAAGACCUGUUGUUGUGUCUGUUUUCCAGUCCUGUGGAUGCCAACCUCAUCUGUGCUGUCAAGCUGCUCAAGCUGACAGGUUCUGUUCUGGAUGACGCAUGGAGUCAAAGUGGAAAACCACACAUGGAAGAGAUCAUCAGUAAAAUAGAAAACAUUCUCCUGGAUGCAGCCUGCAGCAGGGACGUCAGACAGAUGCUUUUGAAACUAGUGGAGCUGCGAUCCAGUGACUGGGGAAGAGUCCGUUCUGCUGCCGCCACUAGCAAUGCCACACCAGACAACGAUCCCAACUAUUUCAUGAAUGAGCCUACUUUCUACACAGAAGAUGGAAUUCCUUUUACAGCAGCAGACCCUGAAUAUGCUGAAAAAUACCAAGAGAUCCUCGACAGGCAGAACUAUUUUUAUGAUUUUUAUGGAGAAGGUGGAAAUGACGUGUAUGACUUUGAAGAUGAUAUGGGGCCUGAGAUUGAAGAAGCUUAUGAGAGUUUUUGUCGAGAGUCGGAAAGGAGACGGCAGCAGUGAUGUGAGACCAGCACUUUGACUUUCUUUCAACCACAACCUACAGGAAUCUUGGUUGUAAUAAACUAAAGGAAUCUAGCAUCAAAAACCAGUAGGUUUGAACUUCUGUUUUACCACACAUGAGCGUCUGGCAGAACGCUUUUUAUGCUACCACUUCCUGCAGUUUUUGUUGCUCAUCAAAUGGGACAAUUGGCAGGAUAGUUGUUCAUAAGGCUGAAACUUUUUUGACUUUUUAAUUUGAGAAAUUUCUAACUUUACCUUAUCCAAUAAAUGCCAGGAUGGACAUGACGUGCUGUGGAUUUUUAGAGCACUUUGUGCAUCAUAGUUGUUGUGAAGGACACGUG